AUGGCUGAUGAUGAAAUAGCAACAUACGAAUGGGCUGUUCAUAAUCGUGGAAGUCUUUUGCAAACUAAACAUUUUUCAUCAACUUCUCAAAGCCGUUCUAUUGCUGAAGAAUUUGCAGAUGCAGCAAUUGAAAUUUCAGACAAUAUUCGAAGAAAUCGUGUUCUAUUCAUAUUCAACUUUCCCGUACAAUGUGAUCAAGCGAUAAAUUUAUGUCGAAUAUCUGACGCACAAUCGUGUCUAUGA